UGGGCUACAGUUUCUGCAAUCCAUCAAUUGCCUAGAGCACUGUUUUUAUUUGUAGUUGAGCUUUUUGAAGGAUUGCCCUGACUCUGAGCCUGGAAUUAAUAAAUAAGCACCCGCUGUGAAGCCAACAUCCAAGAGGUUGGUCAAGAGCUGGUUGGGGAUCACUGUUCUAACAGGUACUGCUGAACUAGGGCAGCUUAGGGAUAACGUUUCUGGGGGAAAAUGUGCCACAGGUUAUUUUCUAACAAAGCUGACACAUUCUUAUGGAUUUUUAAUGUCUCAUUCAAAAUUAAAAGAGUGUUUUAUCCCCAAAGCAGGAUUUGAAGCUGGUUAUGGAAGAUAAUGCGAAUAUGACGAGAGGCUCUUUUAUUUUAUUAGGAUUCCCUUCCUCUAGACCGUUACAAAUACUGCUCUUCUUCAUCUUCUUAUUAGCCUAUAUUUUUACUAUUAUGGAAAACCUUUUAGUCAUAGUCAUCCUCUGGACUAAUUCUAAACUUCAUAAACCAAUGUACUUUUUUCUGGGACACUUGUCUUUCCUGGAAAUGUGGUAUAUUACAGCAACUGUUCCGAAAUUGCUGUCUGUUCUCCUGGUGGAAAAUAGGGAAAUUUCAUUACCUGCUUGCAUGUCACAGCUAUACUUCUUCAUAUCCCUGGCUUGCACAGAAUGUGUCCUGUUGGCUGUAAUGGCUUUUGACCGUUUUGUGGCUAUCUGCAAGCCAAUGCAUUACAUCACUAUAAUGAGGUGGCACCUAUGUUUUAUUUUGGCUUUGGGAUCUUGGCUUAUUGGCUUCCUUACAUCUUUUGUUAAGAUUUCCUACAUUGCUAGUCUCAAACUUUGCCAUACAGGAGCCAUAAAUCACUUCUUUUGUGAUAUUUCUCCUUUACUGAACAUGUCCUGCACAGACAUAAAGAAUGCUGAGCUUGUGGAUUUUAUUCUUGCCCUGAUCAUCCUCCUUCUCCCAUUAUUUCUUACUUUCAUUUCCUAUAUUUGCAUUCUAAUUACCAUCAUACAAAUCCCAACCUCAAGUGGGCGCCACAAGGCCUUUUCUACAUGUGCAUCACAUAUGACUGUGGUUAUCAUAUUUUAUACAGCCGCACUGUUUAUGUAUGCAAGACCCAGUAGGGCACAAUCCUUUAACUAUAACAAGUUUGUAUCUGUCAUGUACACAGUCAUAACUCCUUUUCUUAAUCCUAUUAUCUACUGUCUUAGAAAUAAGGAAGUAAAACAUGCAAUACUCAAAUUGUUACAGUCAAAUAAUAAUAUGGGUAAUGGGAAAAUUAUUCUAGGCUUCGAAAUGUUUAACAAUAAUAAAAAUUCCUCCAGUACUAUCUCAUUAAGUGAUAUUAUUGAGUUAAGUGAGGAGAAACAUGAGAGAGAAGAGGAGUAUGAAGAUCAACCCAACAAGAAUCUCUUCAAUAAUGAUGUUAACAACGGUGACAAGGCAAACUUAGGGCAAGAAGAAGAACCAGAAAAGUCAUUUCAAAAUAAGAACAAUAAUGAUAUAGAGAUAAAAGAUGAGAUCUGCCCAGUCACUCCAGAUGUGCUGGACAUCCCAGAGCCUGAUAUGGAUUUGGAACCUUCUCGUCAGCCUGCACCUCAGCCUCUCCAUUAUGUUCCUUUUUAG